UAGCUGUCCUUCCCAGGGAGCCCAGAGCCGGCAAGGGACCCUGAGCAAGAGCAGGAGAUGGGGGCAUGCAGCCGCCUGAGGCCCCGCUCUGCUCACCCUGGCCUUUCUCGGGCCCUCUGCCACUCCCUGGCCCCUGCCGUGGUCGCUAAGCUGAGCCCCCCCAAGGCGCAGCCCUUUGAGGCCAUCCCACGCAACGGGCACAACGCCUGGCUCAACCUCUUCCAGUUCUGGAGGACCAACGCCUUCCAGAACCUCCAUCGCGUCAUGGACAGGAACUUCCAGAACCUGGGACCCAUCUACAGGGAAACGGUGGGCAGCCAUGACAGCGUCAACGUCUUCCUGCCACAGGAUGCCGCCCAGCUUUUCCAGACAGAGGGGAUUUUUCCACGCCGGAUGGGCAUAGACUCGUGGCUAGCCCACCGCACUUUGAGGAACCACAAAUGUGGCGUCUUCCUAUUGAACGGGGAAGAGUGGCGCUCGGACCGUCUGACCCUCAACAAGGAAGUGAUCAGCCCUGCCGGCACCCGCAAGUUCCUGCCCUUCCUCAACACGGUGGCCGAGGACUUUGUGGCUUUCAUGCACCGGCAGGUCAGGAAGAACACCCGGGGCUCUCUGACCGUGGACCUCUACCACGAUCUCUUCCGCUUCACGCUGGAAGCCAGCAGCUACGCCUUGUAUGGAGAGCGUCUGGGUCUUCUGGAGGAGAGUCCCAAGCCCGAGUCCCAGGAGUUCAUCAGCGCCGUGGAGAUCAUGUUGCAGACUACGCUGCCUCUGCUCUUCAUCCCGCCAGGCGUGAUGCGCUGGGUGAACAACAAGCUCUGGCAGGACCACCUGAAGGCCUGGGAUACUAUCUUCAGCCACGCUGACAAAUGCAUCCAGAACAUCUACCAGGAGUUCUGCCUGGGGAAGCCCCGCAAAUAUUCGGGGAUCAUGGCGGAGUUGCUGGUCCAGGCUGAGCUGCCUCUUGACUCCAUCAAGGCCAACGUCACCGAGUUAACAGCCGGGGGUGUGGACACGACCGCCAUGCCCCUGCUCUUCACCCUCUUUGAGCUGGCCCGCAACCCUCAGGUCCAGACCGCCAUUCGGGAGGAGAUCAAGGCAGCCCAGGCCCAGGGCUCCAAGGAGCUCUCCAAGGUGCUGAACGCCAUGCCGCUGCUCAAGGGGGCCAUUAAGGAGACGCUGAGGCUCUACCCGGUGGGCAUCACCAUCCAGCGCUACCCUCUGAGAGAUAUGGUGCUCCAGAAUUACUGCGUACCAGCUGGGACUCUGUGCCAGGUGGGGCUCUACUCCAUGGGCCGGAGCCCGGCGGUAUUUGCGGACCCCGAGCAGUACAAGCCCACCCGCUGGCUGAGCAAAGAGGACCACAGCUUCAAGGCCCUGGCCUUUGGCUUCGGCUCGCGCCAGUGCAUCGGCCGGAGGCUGGCAGAGGCCGAAAUGGCGCUCUUCCUCAUGCACAUCCUGAGGAACUUCAAGAUUGACACCGUCUCCAAGGAGGACAUCUGGACCAUCUACAGCUUCAUUCUGAAGCCGGAGAAACCCCCUCGGCUCACCUUCCGCCCCAUUGACUAGGGGCCCCUCCCCAUGUGGGCUUGUCCUGCUCACCAGCUCUGGCCUGCAAUCUGCAGAGGGGGAGGGGGGAGAAGGGACAGGCCCCGUUCUCAAAGACCAGGAAGCCCCCCCCCAUUUGCCCAGCUUCCUCCUGACAGCAAACCACACUCCUUACUAGCACUGAUGACGUUACCUAGAUGGGUCAUGAAACGUCUGCAAGAAAACAACCCAGCUCAGAGACUACUACUACUACUCUUUCUUCUUCUUCUUCUUCUUCUUCUUCUUCUU